GGCGGCGAGCGUCCACAACAGGUGAGUUUGUUUACAAAAUUGCGUCGCAGAGCCAGAGAGACACAGCCAUAUUUAUCAGCGAUCAUCGAGGACACCAUGGCUCCCGAGAAGACGGACCCAGACGAGAGCGUGGUGAGCGAGGAGGGCGAGGGUGAGGGGGGGUCCAGCAGCGGCGGCGGCGGCGGUGGAGGGGGCGAGGGGGGGGAGCAUGACCCCUACUUUGAGCCAGUGGUGACCCUGCCGGAGGUCAUAGUGGUCAGUGAAGAGGAGGAGGAGGAGGAGAUGGUCAGGCUUCGUUGCAAGCUAUUCCGCUACCACACAUCAGAAUCACCCCCAGAAUGGAAGGAACGCGGCACAGGGGACAUCAAGAUACUCAGAAACAAGCACAAGGCAGCUCAAGUUCGUCUGUUGAUGCGGCAAGACAAGACCCUCAAGAUCCGGGCCAACCACUACAUCACGCCCUACAUGCAGCUCAAACCCAACUGUGGCAGUGACCGUGCGUUUGUCUGGUCGGUUGUUGCUGACUUUGCUGACGAGAUGCCAAAGCAAGAGCUCUUCGCCGCACGAUUCGCUAAUGCUGACAACGCGCGUUUGUUCUGCGAGACGUUUGACAAGGCAAGAGGAAUAGCAACAGUAGGGGAGGUGGAGGCCAGGGAGGAGGAGGAGAGGAGGAGGGAAGAGGAGGAGGAGGAGGAAGAAGAGGAAGAGGAGGAGGAUUCAUCUACUACUACUACUACUACUACUACUACUACUACUACUACUACUGCUGCUGCUGCUGCUAAGGAUGAAAUUGUGGAAGGUGUGAAGGAGCUGUCUGUGAAGGAGUGAGAGAGAGUGAGAGGGUGAGAGAGAGAGAGAGAGAGAGAGAGAGAGUUGGUUAUAUUCCUUAAGGUUUACGUAGUUAAUUGGUUUAUUAAAUAUUUAUUAUUAUUAUUAUUAUUAUUGUCAUCAUCAGUAGUAUUAGUUGAACAAUUUCUAUUAUUAUUACUAUUAUUAUUUUUAUUAUUAUUAUUAUUUUCAAAAGGGGAAUGUAGAAAAAUAUUAAAAAAAAAUAAUAAUGGUGUUGGUUAAUUGCUGUCUGUCUGUCCGUGUGUCUGUCUGUCAAUACAUAAAUAUAUAUAAUCUAGUUUUUAUAUUACUGAGGCUGUCUGUAUGUCUGUAUGUCUGGCUGGGGUGUCUGUAUGUUUGAGUGUCGCUUCAUUCAUAACCUUGCUUUACAUUAUACGAGAGAGAGAGAGUGUGUGUGUGUGUGUGUGUGUGUGUGUGUGUGUGUGUGUGUGUGUGUGUGUCAGCCACCAUUGCUUCUGUGAUGCAAGAAAAAUUCAUUGAUAUGCAAAAAAAAUAAUAAAAAUUAAAAAGUGAA